AUGGCCUCUGAGUUUAUCGGGUACAAUGUUCUCGUGACGCUGAAGGCACCCCCCCAUGCCAGGCUGCAGGGCGAGGUUGCAGACGUCGUGGGGCAGCGCCUGAUCCUACGAAAUGUGACGCUCUUGUGGAGUGGACAGCGGCUGGCGGCCUACAAUGUCGAGGGACCAGACAUUGCGGACCUCUCGCUUGAGACGGCGAGCAAGCCCUCCGUCCAGAUACCGCAGCAUCCGAUUCCCCAGGGAUCUUCGCAGAUAGCUACGCCGGUUGUCGCCACCCAGCCCGUUCCAUCGCAGCCCUUUGUCGACCCCGCAAUCCUCAGUUUCUCAAAGGCAUCCGUCCCGCAACCGAGCCAGCCUCUCCCAAGCAAGGUGGCUUCUGCGGUUCUUACGGAACCUUUCAGCGAUCUCGAGCUGAAUGUUGAGGGCAGGACGACAGGGCUGUCGGGCACCUCGAGCAGAAAUGGACUGGAGGGAUUGGGUGGAACAGACAAUGGAGCCAAGGGCACAGGUAGAAGGGACCCAAAGACUGGGCAUAACGAACUUCACGAUGCCGGUGCUGUGGCUUCGGGACACGCUGCGUCCAACACAAACCCCAAAGCCAAAGGUUGGCGCCAGACUGCGUUCGUGGAACCUGCCCAUCCGCAGACCCGCGAACACACCCAGUCAUACAAGGGUGGUGCAACCAGCAACUCCAAUGGACGGCGUCAGAAGAAGAAGAAGUCCCGGGCAGGGUAUUCGGAGGAUGUCAGCGGUUGGGCGACCGAAGAUGCUACAGACAUCCAGGAGAUGGGCGACUUUGACUUUGAGAGCAACCUGUCCAAGUUUGACAAGCGACGUGUGUUUGAAGAGAUCCGCAACGACGAUACUACCGCCGACGAGGCCCGGUUAGUUUACUUCAACCGCAGAGCCAAGCCGGGCACGAACGGCGGGAAGAAUCUACACUGGUCUGAAAACGUUCUCGACAGUCCCCGCAACAGCGAUGUGGUAGAAUCGGAUGAAGAACCGAGCGAUGCCAAGCUGAGCAGUGGGAAUCACUCCGGAUUUGACCCGGCAACAAAGAUAGCAUCUCGCCCCCAGGGUUCCCGCAAGGGUAGUGGGAUUCUGGGUCAGCCGCUGAUGGCGCCGCAAUUGCGAAGCCAGCUCAGCACAUCCCGCACGACCAGCCCGCGCGGGCACAAGCAGUCCGUGUCUGCGUCGCCCAUGAACGGGCCUACAACCAACUCCGGCGCCUCCCUCAGACUGACGACAACCAAUCGCAGCUGCCCGACCGUCAGCCCCCUGCAGACGCUCGAGGUGGAACAGCUCGCGGUGACGGAGCUCGGCCUGACUGAAGACAUUAUCACCGAAAAUGCGGGCCGAGGCAUUGCGGAGGCCGCUGUUGCGAUGCUUUCCAACGACGCCGCGGCGCCCACAAUCCUCCUCCUAGCGGGGAACCAUCGGACAGGCGCUCGGGCGGUGGCAGCCGCUCGCCAUCUCCGCAACCGCGGCCACCGUGUGACAGUGUGUAUGCUUGGACUUGAGCACGAGAGCGACCUGCUGGACAGCUGUCGCAAGCAACUGGACAUCUUCAAGAAAAUCGGCGGCCGCGCCCUGCGCUGGGAAGAGCUGUCAGCGCGGCUCUCGACGUCGGAAUUCAGCCCAGAUCUAGUGGUGGAUGCCCUGCUUGCCAUGCACAUUGCCUUUGACGAUCUCCGGACCGAGGACCAGGCCAUCGCCUUUGAGAUGACGGCCUGGGUCAACCGGAGCAAUCUGGAGGUUUUGUCAGUCGACGUUCCUUCGGGCGUCUCUGCAACCAGCGGUGAGGUAACUGUGGUGGAAGGAAGCCGACUAUGCAUCGCUGCGAAAUCAGUCGUCUGUCUGGGGGCCCCCAAGACAGGCGUCAUCAACGCCCUGGUCGCAGGUGAAGGCCUCUCCUGGAAGAUCACCGUCGCAGAUAUCGGAAUUCCACAGGUUGUAUGGCGGAAGUACGGCACUCGGCGACGACACGGCGUCGAUUUCGGUAAUCGCUGGGUUGUUCCACUGCGAUUUCAAGCCCCCGCUAUCACACACUCAGAAUGGGCGUCAGAGGAUGCAUACUCAGCCAGCGCGGGCGCGGGCGUAUCCAGAGCACGGCAGGGGACGACGCACGCGUCGUUUAAACGGCUUCCGUUCAACUUCUGCGCGCUUUCGCUGCAGCCCUUUACGCACCCUGUCUGCACGCCCUCCGGGACGAUAUUCGACCUAUUGAAUAUUCUGCCGUGGAUCAAGAAGCACGGGACAAACCCUGUGGACGGGACGGUGCUGAAGAGCGGGGAUCUGAUCAAGCUGAAGCUUGCGAAGAACGAGGCGGGCGAGUAUGUCGACCCGGUGACCUACAAGGUGUUUACGGAUAAUACGCAUAUUGUGGCGCUGCGGAACACUGGAAACGUGUUUGCAUGGGACACGGUGGAGCGGCUGAAUAUCAAGGGCAAGAUCUGGCGCGAUCUGGUCACGGACGAGGAGUUCAGUCGCAAGGAUAUCAUUGUGUUGCAGGAUCCGCAGAACGUCGAGUCGCGCAAUCUCAGCUCGUUCACUUACCUGAAGGAAGGACAGAGCGGGUUGACCGCGGAGCAGGCCCAGGAGCGGAGCGAUACCGUCAACGUGAAUGCGUUGGGCAGUUCGGCCAAGAUUCUCAAGGCCAAGGAGGCUGUCGCCAAGGCGAGAGCCGAACGAGCACAGCAGGCGUCCUCGAUGACGGGGAAAGGAGCGCUUACAGGACCUGGCUCGGUGAAAUCCGCUGCGCAAAAGACCUCGCUUACCUCUCGGUCGGAGAAGCCGACUCCCUUCAAUGCCGCAAGGCAUACGACCGGCCUCGCGGCCGCUUCGUUUACCAGCACAGGGAUGACGCCGCACACCUCUGCCGACCUGGCCCUUCUGUCCGAUGAGGAGUACAUGCUGAAACGCGGUCGGGUCAAGGGCAAAGGGUACGCGCGCAUCUCCACCACCGCGGGCGACUUGAACCUGGAGCUGUAUCCGGAAUACGCACCAAAAGCCGUGUGGAAUUUCUUGCAGCUCGCCAAGAAGGGAUACUACAAGGACGUCACUUUCCAUCGGAACAUCAAGGGAUUCAUGAUCCAGGGAGGCGAUCCUACGGGAACCGGCCGGGGAGGCGAGAGCGUCUGGGGGAAGUACUUUGCCGACGAGUUCGAGGGCCCUCUGAAGCAUGACGCUCGAGGGACGUUGAGCAUGGCCAACAAGGGCAAAAACACCAACAGCAGUCAAUUUUUCAUUGCCUAUCGAGCUCUCCCCCAUCUGAACAAUAAACACACCAUCUUUGGCCGCCUGAUCGACGACCCGACACCCUCCUCAACGACUCUCAACACCCUCGAAACGCACCCGGUCGACUCGACCACCAACAAGCCGACGCCGGACAUCCGAAUUAAAGACGUGGCGGUCUUCGUGGACCCGUUCGAGGAGUUCCUCGCCAAGAAACGCGAGCAGGAACAGGCGGAGAAGGCGCACGACGAGGAGAACGAUGGAGAGGAGAGCCAUACCCGCCGGGCAGACGACGACCGCGUUACUUGGACGGGCAAACGGGUCCGUGGGCGCGGCGCCGCCGCCGACCACGACGGCGAUGGCUCUGGCGGCGGCGUCGGCAAGUAUCUCAAAGCAGCGCUGGCCGAGCGAUCCGCGCCCGACGACGAAAUCGUGGAGUUUGUCGACGAGGAGCCGGCGCCGGCGCUGGAGCCUGCGCGCAAAAAGAUGCGCGGCACGGGCGGCUUUGGCGAUUUCAGCUCGUGGUAG